AUGUCUUUGCAAUUGUUAAAUCCUAAGGCAGAAUCGUUAAGAAGAGAUGCAGCUUUGAAAGUUAAUGUAACUUCAGCUGUAGGGUUACAAGAAGUUUUAGAAACAAACAUGGGACCAAAGGGUACUUUAAAAAUGUUAGUUGAUGGAGCUGGCAAUAUUAAAUUGACUAAAGACGGGAAAGUCUUAUUGACUGAGAUGCAAAUUCAAUCGCCUACGGCCGUCAUGAUUGCUCGUGCCGCUGCUGCCCAAGAUGAAAUUACUGGGGAUGGUACCACAACGGUGGUUUGUUUUGUUGGUGAAUUAAUGAAACAAGCUUUCAGAUUUAUCCAAGAAGGUGUUCAUCCAAGAAUUAUUACUGAUGGCUUUGAAAUUGCCAGAAAAGAAACAACCAAAUAUUUAGAUGAUUUUAAAAUCGAUAAAUCCAAGGAAAUUACUGUCGAUAGAGAAUUUCUAUUACAAGUAGCCAGAAGUUCACUAUCCACCAAAGUAGUUCCGGAAUUAACAGAAGUUUUAACGCCCAUUGUUACAGAUGCAGUUUUAAGUGUUAAAAAUAAUGAAAAUUUAGAUUUAUAUAUGAUCGAAAUUAUGCAAAUGCAACACUUGAGUGCCAAAGAUACAAAGUUAAUUAAGGGGUUGGUUUUAGAUCAUGGUGCAAGACAUCCUGAUAUGCCUAAAAUUGUCAAAAAUGCCUAUGUUUUAAUUUUAAAUGUUUCCUUAGAAUAUGAGAAGACUGAAGUUAACUCUGGAUUUUUUUAUAGUUCUGCCGAAGAAAGAGAUAAAUUGGCUGCUAGUGAAAGGAAAUUUGUUGAUGAAAAAUUAAAAAAAAUUAUAGAUUUGAAAAAUGAAGUUUGUGGGCUUGAUAGUAAUAAAGGGUUUGUUAUUAUUAAUCAAAAGGGUAUUGACCCAAUGUCCCUAGAUAUUUUAGCUAAAAAUAACAUUUUGGCUUUAAGAAGAGCCAAAAGAAGAAACAUGGAAAGAUUACAAUUGGUUACCGGUGGUAUAGCUCAAAACUCUGUUGACGACUUGACACCAGAUAUUUUAGGGUUUUCAGGUUUGGUUUAUGAAGAAACAAUUGGUGAAGAAAAAUUUACUUAUGUCACAGAGAAUAAAGAUCCUAAAUCAUGUACCAUCCUGAUUAAAGGGCCUACUUUCUAUUCGUUGAAACAAACCUCAGAUGCUGUUAGAGAUGGUUUAAGAGCUGUAGCAAAUGUUUUAAAAGACGGCUGUGUUAUUCCAGGAGCUGGUGCAUUUUUUAUUGCUGCUUCCGAUCAUUUAAAAAAAGCUAAUAUGAGUAAAUUAGGAUGCAAGGGUAAAACUAAAACUGGUAUCCAAGCUUUCGCAGAAGCUUUAUUAGUGGUUCCAAAGACUUUGAUUAAGAAUUCUGGUUAUGAUGCUUUAGAUGUCUUAGCUACAUGCCAAGAUGAGUUGGAUAAUUGUGAAGAAGGAGAAACCAGAAUUGUUGGCGUUGAUUUGAAUAUCGGUGACUCAUGCGAUCCUACCAUUGAAGGUAUUUGGGAUUCGUAUCGUGUAGUUAGAAAUGCUAUUAAUGGUGCUACGGGUAUUGCAAGUAAUUUGUUAUUGUGUGAUGAACUACUUAGAGCUGGUAGAUCUACUUUAAAAGAAGGACCACCCCAAUGA